AUGAAAGACUCUGAAAACAAUGUUGGGCCAUCCAUGGCUGGGAAGAGGGCUAUGGCCUGCAGACCUGGACUGAGACCCAGAACUGUCAUGGGAGACAUUGGGAAUCAAAUGUGGAAAUCAAAAGUCCCUGUGAAGGAUUCAAAGAUUGCAAUCAAACAACUUGGGAAAAAUCUGAACCCUGUGACUGUCCAAGAUGACCCUGUGACUGUGAAAGAUGUUAAGUUAAAGGAGCAACAGUACACUAGAUCAGUAUUUCUCAAAUCUAGCCCUCCUAUACCCCAACAGCCAACACCUGAAUCUCCUAGCCCAAUGGAGACAUCUGGCCAUGCUGUAGAAGAAAAAUGCACAGCUUUAUCAACCAUUCUGAAGGAUGUAGAUGCAGAAGAUUCUGGAAACCCCAUGCUAUGCAGUGACUAUGUGAAAGAAAUCUACUGCUAUAUGAGGCAACUGGAGGUAGAACAACCAAUAAAACCUAACUAUCUUGAUGGACAAGAGAUUAAUGGGAAAAUGAGAGCCAUACUCAUAGAUUGGCUUGUCCAGGUCCACCUAAGGUUCAAGCUCCUCCAGGAGACUAUGUUCAUGACAGUAGCCAUUCUGGAUAGAUUCUUACAGGAAAAUCCUGUGUCUAAGAAGACUCUUCAACUGGUUGGUGUGACGGCAAUGUUGAUUGCAUGCAAAUAUGAAGAAAUGUAUCCUCCAAUGAUUGGUGACUUUUCCUUUGUGACUGAUCACACUUACACCACAGCCCAGAUCAGAAAGAUGGAGAUGCAGAUCCUCAGAGUACUAAAGUUUGACCUUGGGAGACCAUUACCCUUGCACUUCUUGCGAAGAGCAUCCAAAGUUGGAGAAGUGGAUUCUGUACAACAUAACUUGGCCAAGUACUUGAUGGAGCUGGUUAUGGGUGACUAUGAGAUGGUGCACAUUCCUCCAUCACAAGUGGCAGCUGCUGCUUUCUGUCUAGCUCUGAAAGUUCUGGAUGGUGGUGAAUGGACUCCUACACUCCAGCACUACCUGGCUUACACAGAAGACUCUCUUUUUCCAGUCAUGCAGCACAUAGCUAAGAAUGUUAUGAAGGUUAACAACAGACUUACUCCUCACAUGACUGUCAUGAACAAAUAUGCUAGCAGUCAACACAUGAAGAUAAGCUGUCUGCCACAGCUGAAGUCUAAGAUAAUCUUACGACUGGCCAGUACUUUGUAA